CCUGGGAGCAGCUUACUGGAAGUGCCCGGUGGGGCUUGCCAGGGUCCCAAAACAUGAUGUCGUUUUGGGAAGGCUCCAUCGGGUUGGUACGCGGUGCCUCUGCACGCACCCCGACUCCCGGGGCGCGCGGAGGUUUUGUUUUCUGGGUGCGGGAGCUUGAAAUGCCUGGAGCAGCCGCUGCGCACGCGGCCCUGGAUCUUGCUCCUGGGUCCAGUCUUUGGGUAGCGGCGGUGGAAACCUCAGACCCUUGUUCUCCGCUGACUUUUAAUUACGGUGUGUGGACAAAGACUGAACGAGCGGUGCUCACCGACGGCCCGAUGUAAGACGACACCUGCCGGACAUUGUAGGCACCUCUUAGCUUGCCUCUGGCGGUCUACAGCACUCUAAACAGCUUGGUUAGAGUGAAGGUGUUGGAGGAACCGAAAAGUUACUGUAGCCCCCUGCAAUCCCGGGAUGGUGCUGUAGUCCCAGCCAGAGCUGCACAGGGCACUUCCCCUCCCCUAGCCUUUUCUCUCUCUGGAAUGGGCUGAUGAGGCAAGAGAUCUGAUUGUGGAACAUCUGUCCAUUUGUCUGGGUGGGUCUAGUGGGGCCCUGUCUCUGCCGCAGAUAGAUGUGAUCUGGGCUGUGGCCCCUGUCGCUGCCCAGCAGGGUGGCCCCUGGCCUCCUCACACCCUCUCAGGACCCUCAGGCUCCUGUCUCAGGAUUGUGGUGAUGACUCAGAACAAGGCCAAGCGGAGGGGGGGCGGGGGUUGGUUCUAGAGGAAGCCCCAGAGGUGAUGUAGCUUGCAUUGUCUAGUAAAACAGUGGCUGUCGGGGAGAUUCCAGCUGUGACUGGGCAGGGGUUUCCACUCUAGCUGUGUGGAGACCUGGAGGUUGGCCAUAGUUCAUCUCUUGACAAGCCACAAUCAGAAUAGUUGAGACCUCUGAAGAAUGGUUGCUCUUAAGAACUGGGAAUAUUGCAGGGUAAGCAGCUUUACAGAAGUCUUUGUUCUGCACCUAGAAAAAUCCCUCUGAGUGGCUGAGAAGCCUGCGUAUCUUGGCGGUGUUGGGGAGGAGGGUCUACUUUCAUAACCUUCAGGGUCCUCCUGUGUCUUCAGAUUCUUAUGGACCCCCCUGAGUUCUUGUGAGCAGGGUCGCCUCCACUAACGUGCCAGGGUGAGCUAACUUCUUGCUUCUGAACCCAGACCUCACCGGGCUAGGUUUUCUGAAGGAGUCUCAACAAAACUGUCAAGGCUAGGGCUAGUAGCCCUUCAGAGAGCAGUGGAGGACCGUUAGCCUACGCUUGGCCUCAUAUGAUAAAAGGAAAAGGACACCGAGGCAGGUGGGGCAGCCUGAACCUGCCUCUCAACUUAGUUGUUUGAUGCUGGAUCGUUUGAUUGGGGACCUUUGCCUCCCCAAGUUUAGUUCUCUGAACAGUGGAGCUAGAUGUGUGGUUACCUCACAAGACUGGAGCAGGGAUGAGCCGUAAAACACAUACAUGGUCUUAAACUGAGAGAAGGAUGGGGCUGGACAGUACCGUAAGCGCACCAGACUACCGCUGAGUCAUGGCGUACCCUCUCCUGGCCUACUCAGCACGACUGAUAACCUGUGGAAGGCGUGGACUUGUUUAACCACCCAGAGCUAGGAUUCCUUUGGUCCAGAAAUGAGGUAGGUAACCUUAGGCCCCGUAUGCUUCCCCAUCCUACUGUUGCCAGGAAAGUUUAAUCCCCCGGAAGACCCUGGAAAGUAGAGGCAAGGCAUGGACCUAGUCAGAACUCUGCAAACUUGAGGCCCACAAAUACCACGCCUCUGUUUCCUACCCCAGGGGUUUUCUGGACACUAAGGCGAGCCAUUAGCAAAGUUGACAUCCUGGAGUGUAGGGUUGUGGAAAUUACUAGAUAUGUGGGCAGCUGAGGUCCGGGGUCCUAGUGACACCAGGUGAUAGGUGUCUCAGAAACUGUUCUUUAGGGGGAGGCCAUCCGCUGUGUCUUAAGCAUGCCCCAGCGAAGAGCUCUGUCCACACUUGGGGAUCUUCAGAACAGCUGCUCGCUGCUGGCUGUAGGCCACCGGAGGAACUAGCCACACCUGUUCCCACACCUACUCCCUGCACUUGACACUAAAAGAAAUGGGGGUGGAGCCCUGUGUUCCAAAGGGGCCUCUGAGGCAACAGCUCAGCACGUAGAUGAGGUGUCUGCCCCGCACAGGAGCCGCUAGACGUGCUGUGGAGCCAGAGAUUUUUGGUUGAUGAUCAGAAUCGGUGUGGCUGAUGACAAGCUCACUGGGAAUUUGGACUUUACCCCUAUUACCCCUAGUCCUGCCUCUUCCCCUUCUCCUGCAAAUCCAGGAUUGACCAAGCAAGACCCAGCUUGCACACAUCAUACAUUUGAUCCUGCAUAUUGUGUGGGUACAGAGCAGGAUCGCUACAUGAAGUAGACUGGUUCUGGUUUUAUUCCCCUUUUAAGAGAAGCAAGCCCAGGGGCUAAGAUAACAUUCUCGAAUUCACAGACAUGAGAGGGAGGGAGGGCCUGAUCUGCCUGGCUCACGUCCCAUGUCCUAUCGUGUCCUUUUUCUCCGUACACCUUGCCCACUUUCCAGAUGGGGAAGACAAAGUGGGUGAGCCUAGGACCCCAGAACCUUCCCAACAUAGUUCCAGGCUUGGCCUUCUUCUGUGACUCUUUUCAGAGGCGUGUGACUGUCACCAGAAGAGAACAAGCUGGGUAGUGUCCCAAAACCCGACAUCUUACGUCCCGCCUGUGGUAAUUAGAAUGUUCUCUGGCUCCGGCCCGGGAAUGUCAUUAUGUGGUCUGGCAGGCAGCUGAAAUCCGAUUAGAGGGACCUUGCUCCCCGGGGCUAUGGCAGGUGUUCCAAGUUGGCAGCCUUGGGGGGUUCUCCACUCCUCUAAUGUUCUUGGGCCCCAACCACAUCUCUGGGCAAAGUGGAAAAGCAACAUUCAUGGCCUUGGCCUCCAGUUAGGUCAAAAUGGAGCCAGCCAGCAUCCUGUGGGAGGAGUCCACGGUCCCUGCACCCUACCCUUGGCAGGUAACCCCAAGAAAGUGGAAGACAGGCCAGUGGACAGUGGUGCUCCUGGACAGGUUUUGAACCUUCUGCCCCCUGAGGUCUGUAGCCUCCUAAACCCAGCAGCCAUCUACGCCAACAAUGAGAUCAGCCUGAGUGACGUUGAAGUCUACGGCUUUGACUACGACUACACACUGGCCCAGUAUGCGGAUGCGCUGCACCCCGAGAUUUUCAAUGCUGCCCGGGACAUCCUCAUAGAGCAUUACAAGUACCCUGAGGGAAUUCGGAAGUAUGACUAUGACCCCAGCUUUGCCAUCCGCGGUCUCCACUAUGACAUUCAGAAGAGCCUUCUGAUGAAGAUUGAUGCUUUUCAUUAUGUACAGCUGGGAACGGCCUACAGGGGUCUCCAGCCCGUGCCAGAUGAUGAAGUAAUUGACCUAUACGGUGGCACCCAGCACAUCCCGCUAUACCAGAUGAGCGGCUUCUAUGGCAAGGGCCCUUCCAUCAAGCAGUUCAUGGACAUCUUCUCCCUGCCAGAGAUGGCACUACUGUCCUGUGUGGUGGACUACUUUCUGGGCCAUGGCCUGGAGUUUGACCAAGUACACCUCUACAAGGAUGUGACGGAUGCCAUCCGGGAUGUGCAUGUGAAAGGCCUCAUGUACCAGUGGAUUGAGCAAGACAUGGAGAAGUACAUCCUGAGAGGAGACGAGACGUUUGCAGUCCUGAGCCGCCUGGUGGCCCACGGGAAGCAGCUGUUCCUCAUCACCAACAGUCCCUUUAGCUUUGUGGACAAAGGCAUGCGGCACAUGGUAGGUCCUGAUUGGCGACAACUCUUCGAUGUAGUCAUCGUCCAGGCAGACAAGCCCAACUUUUUCACCGACCGGCGCAAGCCUUUCCGGAAGCUUGAUGAGAAGGGCUCCCUCCACUGGGACCGCAUCACGCGGCUGGAAAAGGGCAAGAUCUACCGGCAGGGAAACCUGUUUGACUUUCUUCGACUGACAGAAUGGCGAGGGCCACGUGUGCUCUACUUCGGUGACCACCUCUACAGUGACCUGGCGGAUCUUAUGCUGCGGCAUGGCUGGCGCACGGGAGCCAUCAUCCCUGAGCUGGAGCGUGAGAUCCGCAUCAUUAACACGGAACAGUACAUGCACUCGCUGACCUGGCAGCAGGCUCUCACCGGGCUGCUGGAACGCAUGCAGACCUAUCAGGAUGCAGAGUCGCGACAGGUGCUAGCUACUUGGAUGAAGGAGCGGCAAGAACUGAGAUGCAUCACCAAGGCCCUAUUCAAUGCACAGUUUGGGAGCAUCUUCCGCACCUUCCACAACCCCACCUACUUCUCCAGGCGCCUCGUGCGCUUCUCUGACCUCUACAUGGCCUCUCUGAGCUGUCUGCUCAACUACCGUGUGGACUUCACUUUUUACCCACGUCGAACACCCCUGCAGCACGAGGCGCCCCUCUGGAUGGACCAGCUCUGCACUGGAUGCAUGAAGACACCUUUUCUCGGUGACAUGGCCCACAUCCGCUGAGGGCACUUUUAUUAUCCUAGACAGACCAUCUGUUCUUUCAGCCCCAGCCACCCUGACAAGCAAUAAAAGUGGUCUCUGUCCUUC